GGUAACGGCCCAGUGAUGACGAAAUGCACGGCUGCAACGUGGAUGACGGUGGAGCGUCGAUUGCAUGCUCUCUUUACUACAAAGCCUCUUCUCUCUCCUUCUCUCCUCUCUCUCUCUCUCUCCGCCAUGGAAACAACCUACAGGACCCAGCCCAAAGAACCCAACGGAAGAACACGCAUAGCCUCGCUCAGCGAAGAUCUCCUCAGGAACAUCCUCUGCCGUCUCCCGGCGCCAUCCUACGCCUGCGCUACUUGCGCCUGCCGCUCCUGGCGCCACAUCUGCAACAGCGUCCUCCUCUCUCGCCCCAAGCUCCUCUCAUCUCUCUCCUUAAACCCCAAUCUCCAGGCUGCUGUCGAAGAGGCUAGCGAGAAGGUUCUUUCAGAGCCGAUUCGGCCACAUUUCGUGAUCGCCUUUGUGGGACGGAAGUUCAGUUUGGAUGCGGCUCACCAAUUCGUAAGAGCGAAAUUCAGCACAAAGAUCCCUGUGAUUACCUGUCUGGCCCGCGGAAUUAUUGGCAAGGAUGCUCUUUCUAAUGAAUUCAAAGAGGUUCAGUGGAAUCCUGUUAUUGUCAAUGCUGUUGAAAAUGGAGAAGUUUACAAUUCAUUGGAAAACCGUGCUCGUGGAAUCGUUUUGGUCGUUGGUUUUCUCCCAGGAUUGAAAGUCAAUGCGAUUCCAUUGCGAAGAGUGAUUCAGGGUACUUAUCGAGGUCCCGCAGUCGAGUCAUUCUUGGAUGAUAUCAAAACUUACACUGCAUCGGUCUCAGAUUGCACCUCUCCUAUGGGGAUUGUGAUGUUUGCGGAUCAUGAUUCUGCCAUGGGAGUUGUUCUUGAGAAGAUGGAUUUUGCCCUUGGUGGGGAAACUGUCGUUGUUGGAGAUGAGAGUGGAUGCUUCGUAUUCAGCACUUGCAAUGAAGACGGUUCCAGAAUUGAAGGUGGGAGUAAAGAAUUGUCAACGUCUUUACCGUCGGCAUUGCAAAGAAGUCAAAGCAAGCAAACAAAAGGAGAUGCUUCUGAAAGCAAUAUAUUUGAUGCUGUUGCUCUUGUAUUUGCAAAGGAUAGAGAUAAGCCUCAUGGCAUAGGGGAAAUUCAUCUCGACCUUGCAUUGUCAACUGGUUUAUCGACUGUGGGUUCCACAUAUAAGGCUGCUUCAGUUAGAGUCACAAAAGAUGAAACGCCUGAACGCUGUACAUGGCUCACUGCCAGAAGAGAAGGGUCUCCCCAGAGUCUUGACGGUCAAAGUUUGCUUAGCGAUCUCGAUGGUCAGAUGGGAGAUGAUAAUCCUGGAGGUGACUGUUACAUUGGAGUCGUAAAGCAAAGAAAACUCUCCAAAGCAGGGAAAGGAAAGUUGGUUUCGUCCUUUGUGUUUCACGAAGUUAUAAGCGGAGAUGAAGAGUACCUUUUUGUUGGGGGCGAAGGUAUCAGAACUGGAGACCCCUUCCGCUUCUACAUUCCCAGUGUCAAGACUGCACUAAAAUCAAUCACCGAAGUUACUGAGGAACUCCAAGUUUUGAAGAAUCGUGAGCCAGCGCAAGUUUUUGGAGGUCUUAUUUUCUCAUGCUGUGGCCGUGGAAGAUCCUUCUUUGAAGACCCAAAUGUUGACAGCUCAGCAUUUUUAGAGAACUUUCCGGACGCCCCAUUGGCAGGGAUGUUUUGCAUGGGGGAGAUAGGCCGACGGCCCUGGGCUGCACGGAAACGUAUCGGGGAACUAAAUCCUACCAAUGCCUGCUUGCACGCUUACAGCACUGUCUUUCUCGUUAUGUCAUUCGCUCCAGAGCCCCUGCAGCUGUAGACCAUGUGAUGCAGGGUUUUUUUUUUUUUUUUUUUUUGUUUGUUGUUGUUGGUGUUGUUGUUAUUGGUGUUGUUGUUAUUCUGUAGGAGUUUUAAGGUAUUAGCUACUUUACUUCAAUGUGCAUGUUACAUGCUUUACUUUACAUGACUCUUUUAGUAUUUAUCGAAGCCUCUAUCCUUUUGGGUUUUAAAAGUA